AUGGAACUUGAGUUAGAUGCUUUCUCGCCGGAGAUUCUAAAUGGAAUAAAUUGUUCAGGUCUACCACCACACAAGUUGGUUCUGAAGGUUGGCGUUCCUGUUAUGUUGCUGCGGAAUAUAGACCAAACUAAUGGUUUGUGCGAUGGAACGAGGAUGCAAGUUAGAAGAAUGGGAAAUCAUGUGAUAGAAUGCAAGACUUUAACUGGUAACAAAGUUAGAAGUAUUGUUCUUAUCCCAAGAGUGAAUCUAAUUCCAAAUAAUGAAACAUUGCCGGUCAGGUUUCAAAGAAGACAAUUCCCAAUUAUCAUAUCAUUUGCAAUGAUAAUAAAUAAGUCCCAUGGACAAACUCUAUUGAAACUUCCAAGGCCAGUUUUCAUCCAUGGUCAAUUGUAUGUUACGUUAUCAAGGGUAACGAGUAAAGAUGAUCUGCGAGUGUUGUUGCAAGAUCAUGGACACUUGGAAGAUAACUGCAUGAUGAAUGUGGUAUAUAGAGAAGUUUUUGAGAGCCUAUAA